AUGGAUUCUACACUUAGAUUAUCCAAAGAUUCUGGCACACCAUUAGAUGAUAUCUCAUCUUACAGAAGACUCAUUGGAAGGCUGCUCUAUUUGACUACAACUCGCCCAGAUAUUACUUAUGCUGUCCAACAAUUAAGUCAAUUUCUUGAUUCUCCCACUGAUGUCCAUCUUCAGGCAGCUAACCGUAUCCUUAGAUAUAUCAAAUCUUGUCCUGGUAAAGGUUUUUUCUUUCCUUCCACAUCAGAUUACAAGCUUCAUGCUUUCAGUGAUUCAGAUUGGGCUGGAUGUCCAGAUUCUAGGCGCUCUAUCACAGGUUAUUGUAUCUUCUAUGGUGCAUCUCUUGUUUCUUGGAAAACAAAGAAACAAACAACUGUCUCUAAGUCAUCCUCAGAAGCUGAGUACAGAGCCCUAGCUUCUACAGUUUGUGAAGUUCAAUGGUUAAGUCAUCUUCUCAAGGAAUUGAAUCAUGCAACGCAAGUACCUUGUAACCUGUUUUGUGAUAAUCAGUCUGUCAUUCACAUUGCUCACAAUGACUCUUUCCAUGAAAGGACUAAACAUAUUGAGCUAGACUGUCAUAUUGUUCGCGAAAAACUACUCUCUGGAUUAAUACACCUUUUGCCUGUCUCCUCUUCUAAUCAGUUAGCUGACAUCCUCACAAAGCCUUUAGCUUCUUCUAGCUUUUCUCACAUCUUAUCCAAGCUAGAUAUGUUAGACAUACAUUCUCCAACUUGCGGGGGCUAA